AUGGAGCUGGGGGAUUAUGAACAACCUGUUGUUAUGAGAGAAGAAAACAAACGAAGGAGAAGAAGAAUGAAACCUCAUUGUACAUCUAGUAAUUUGUCGUCAAUGGAACUGAUAUCCAUUGAGUUCAUUUUACCUACAAGCAAUAAACAUACUAAAGUACCGGAAAUGAUGUUACUCGAAAUAGCUGGCAACUGUACAGUUGAGCAAAUGAAAGCACAGAUUUGGAUGCGUGCAAUAGAGAUGAGUCAAACCGCAGACUUCUACCACACAUUCACCCCGGAUCAAUUUAUUCUGCAGUAUCAGAAGAAAGGGCAAUGGUAUGAAAUUUAUGAUAAACAUCAAGUAUUACAGACAUUGGACUGCAUACUGUACUGGAAAGUGUUACAGAAAAAGGUAGGCAAGAUCUAUGUUGUCCAGAAACAAAAACCAUCAGAAGAAGUUCAGGAAUUUCAGCGACAGCUUAACAACUUAAUCGGUUAUGAUGUCACUGAUGUAAGCAACGUGCAUGAUGAUGAACUAGAAUUUACCCGUCGCAGAUUAGUCACUCCACGAAUGAUAGAGGUAGCCUGUAGAGAUCCUAAAUUGUAUGCAAUGCACCCAUGGACAACAUCUAAGCCACUCCCAGAAUAUUUAUUUAAAAAGAUCACUAAUAAUAACAUUUUCAUAAUUAUACAUAGAGGAACAACUAGCCAAAAAAUUAAAGUGUCAAUAGAUGACACUCCAGAUAUGAUUCUCCACAGCUUUUUCACAAAAAUGGCGAAGAAAAAGUCUUUGAUGGACAUUCCUGAAGAUCAUAGUGAACUGGAUUUUGUUCUCAGGAUUUGUGGCAGAGAUGAGUACAUUACUGGAGAGACACCGAUCAAAGAUUUUCACUGGAUAAGACAGUGCCUUAAGAAUGGGGAAGAAAUCCACCUUGUCUUAGACAAUCCCCCUGACCCAAAUGAGGAUGAGGUUCAGAAGGAAGAGUGGCCCUUGGUGGAUGACUGUACAGGAGUUACAGGGUAUCACGAACAAUUGACAAUAGACGGAAAAGAUCAUGAGAGAGUCUUCACUAUCUCUUUGUGGGAUUGUAAUAGGAAAUUCAGGGUGAAAAUAAUUGGCAUUGAUAUCCCAGUUUUACCGAGAAAUACUGAUCUUACUGUGUUUGUGGAGGCUAACAUUCAACAUGGGCAGCAGCUCCUUUCACAAAGGAGGACUUCAUCGAAGCCUUUCACUGAGGAGGUUUUGUGGAAUAUUUGGUUGGAGUUUGAUAUCAAAAUCAAGGACUUGCCUAAAGGAGCCCUCCUGAAUCUUCAGAUAUACUGCGGCAAAACACAGGGACUGUCCACAAAGACAAACCUUCAGUCACAUGAAUCCCCCAACUCUGAUUCAAAAUGCAAAACUCAGCUUCUCUAUUAUGUAAAUCUCUUGUUGAUAGAUCACCGUUUCUUGCUACGAAGUGGGGAGUAUGUGCUCCACAUGUGGAAAAUUCCAGGGAAGGGGGAAGAACAAGGAAGUAUCAAUGCAGACAAACUCACAUCAGCAACUAACCCGGAUAAAGAAAACUCAAUGGCUAUCUCUAUUGUGCUGGACAAAUAUUGUCACCCAAUUGCCUUGCCCAAGCACAGGAUAACAUCAGACCCCCAAGGGGAUAGGACACGAGCUGAAAUGCCCAACCAGCUUCGCAAGCAACUUGAAGAGAUCAUAGCAACUGACCCACUUAAUCCACUUUCUCCUGAGGACAAAGAACUGUUGUGGCACUUUAGAUAUGAAAGCAUAAAGCACCCCAAGGCAUAUCCUAAGCUGCUUAGCUCUGUGAAAUGGGGACAACAAGAAAUAGUGGCCAAAACAUACCAGUUGCUAGCUAAAAAGGAGGUUUGGGAUCAAAGCACUUUAGAUGUUGGACUCACAAUGCAACUUCUGGACUGUAACUUUUCAGAUGAAAAUGUCCGAGCAAUGGCAGUUCAAAAACUGGAAAGUUUAGAAGAUGAUGAUGUUCUUCAUUAUCUUUUACAGCUUGUGCAGGCUGUGAAAUUUGAGCCAUAUCAUGACAGUGCAUUAGCCAGAUUUCUGCUAAAACGGGGUUUGAGAAACAAAAGAAUUGGUCACUUCUUGUUUUGGUUCUUAAGAAGUGAGAUUGCCCAGUCCAUGCAUUACCAGCAGAGGUUUGCGGUCAUCCUAGAAGCAUAUCUUAGAGGCUGUGGAAAAGCAAUGCUACACGAUUUCAUGAAGCAGGUUCAAGUAAUUGAAUUGCUGCAUAAAGUCACAAUGGAGAUAAAAUCAGUUUCUGCAGAAAAGUAUGAUGUCACUUCUCAAGUUAUUGCACAGCUGAGGCAAAAGCUUGAAAAACUACAGAGCAGCAAACUUCCAGAAAGUUUUAGAGUUCCGUAUGAUCCUGGGCUAAGAGCAGGAGCCCUAGUGAUAGAAAAAUGUAAAGUAAUGGCAUCUAAGAAGAAGCCCCUCUGGCUCGAGUUCAAAUGUGCAGAUCCAACAGCUCUAUCAAAUGAAACCAUAGGCAUAAUCUUCAAACAUGGAGAUGACCUCCGUCAGGACAUGCUUAUUUUACAGAUUCUUCGAAUUAUGGAAUCCAUUUGGGAAGCAGAAUCUUUGGACCUCUGUUUGUUACCGUAUGGUUGUAUUUCUACAGGGAACAAAAUAGGAAUGAUCGAAAUUGUGAAAGAUGCUACAACAAUUGCCAAAAUUCAACAGAGUACAGUUGGCAACACUGGUGCAUUUAAGGAUGAAAUACUAAACCAGUGGCUCAAGGAAAGAUGCAUGAUUGAAGAGAAGUUUCAGGCAGCUGUGGAAAGAUUUGUUUAUUCUUGUGCUGGAUACUGUGUGGCAACCUUUGUACUUGGAAUAGGAGACAGGCACAAUGACAACAUUAUGAUUACAGAAACAGGUAACCUUUUCCAUAUUGAUUUUGGCCAUAUUCUUGGGAAUUAUAAAAGCUUCCUUGGAAUUAAUAAGGAAAGAGUUCCUUUUGUGCUGACUCCGGAUUUUCUGUUUGUCAUGGGGACUUCCGGAAAGAAGACAAGUCUCCAUUUCCAUAAAUUUCAGGACGUAUGUGUGAAGGCUUAUUUAGCUCUUCGACAUCACACAAACCUGCUGAUCAUCCUAUUCUCCAUGAUGCUAAUGACUGGAAUGCCCCAAUUAACCAGCAAAGAGGAUAUUGAAUAUAUCCGGGAUGCACUGACAGUAGGGAAAAGCGAAGAAGAUGCCAAAAAGUAUUUUCUUGAUCAGAUAGAGGUUUGCAGAGAUAAGGGCUGGACUGUGCAAUUUAACUGGUUUUUACAUCUUGUGCUUGGAAUCAAACAAGGAGUAGAAAAGCAUUCUGCUUAA